CAUUCAAAUGGGUGUGAUGAAAGUAUCAAAUGUCUUCACUCCUCCACAGAUCAUCAUGAUGAGCUGGACGUAUGUCUUUCUUCCCGUCAUCUUGGGUGCUGUUGUGUCCUGUCAGGACGUACUCUCUAACCCAGUAGUGGAGCUGACCGUGAGACCAGGACAAAACGUUACUCUAUACUGUGACUGUAAACUCACAACUAAUGUAAAUCUUGUUUGGUACAGGAACUGUUCUCAUGAAAAUCAGCCAACACUAGCUCUGAAUUGGAAGGACAGAGAUAAUGGCAUUUUUGAAUAUGAAGAGAAUGGACGAAACUUUUCCCAUUUAAAUAUGAUGUUGAACGCUUCGUCAAACUCAUACGACUUACUGAUUAAGAACAUUACUGAUUCUCACCUUGGUCUCUACUACUGUGGAACUGAAGAACUGAACGGGGAAAAAGGAAACAAGAAAGAAUAUAUCUACACAUAUGGUAAAAUAAUCACAAGGAUUUUGUUUGAUAUCCCUUUAGAUGCCGGUGCUGGAGACCCUGCUGCUCCAGGCUGUGGGCAGUGCUGGAUGCUGCUGGUCACCCUGUGCCCGUCCUCUGCUCUCCUCUCUUUGUUCCUCUACUUCCUCUGCAGUCACAUGGUUCGUGCCGGAAAACCCUCUGGCAUCUCUCAGGAAACCAGACCUUUAACACUGCAAGAUGAGGAUGAAAACUACAGCCAUGUGUUUUAUGUUGUGUUGGAAACUCCACAGCACAAAGGAUCUCACAGCUUCUUCGCCCGCAGUACGAGUGGGCUUUGAGAGGCGUAUUGGUUAUGGUUCCUCCCACCACAACACUUACAGCCCACUCUCACACUCACGUCACACCCGUAUAAAAACAGAAAGUCACACAAACAAACACACACGCAUGCACGCACACACAUCUUUGUAUACAUUGA